AAACUAGCAUGAAACAUUAUAUAAUUUCAGGUGUACAACAUUAUAAAUUGAUAUUUAUAUACAUUACAAAAGGGGUCAUGAUCCUAAGUCUAAUCACUACGCAUCACCAUACAAUUGACCUCCUUUGUGCAUUUCUCCCUCCCCUGGGCAGUGUGGGGAUUUCUAAGAAGCAAUGCUGAGGGUUAGAAGUUAGAUCUCUUAAUAUUCCUUUGUAGAUGUAGGCAAACAUUCAAAAGACUUGUAAAUAUCUGGGGGUUGUUGGAUUGUAUCCUCCUAAGGCAAACUUGCCUUGAGGCUGGGCUCUAGGAGGCCUGAUUCAGAGAAAUAUUAAGAAGCCUUUAGUUUGGAUUUGCGAAGCUCUCUGCUAGGUCCCUUUAACAUUCACUAUAUAGCAAUGAGGCAGCUUCAGUUUCUGAACUGGACCUGGUGGAGGUAAAUUGAUUCCGUUCCUCUAGCUAGCUCGAAUAUGGCAACCAGUUCUUCUCAAGCGGGAAUGUAAGAGGCUGAAAAGCUGGCUUUGAGGCACCUCUGGAUGUUCACCUACAGAACACCUAGAAAUGGACAAAGAAAACAGUGAUAUUUCAUCCAAACCUGUUGAUGUGAAUAUAUCCAAUAUCUCAGUGCAGGUGGUCAGCGCCCCAGGGAAGUUGCCAGGGAGACGACCUCCGAGAAAACCCAUCGCCAGAGCCAAACCCGAGAAGCAACUCAAGAAGAAAGCGCCCUUUUGGAACGUCCAAAACAAAAUCAUCCUCUUCACAGCAUUUUUGUUCCUCCUAGCGGUCACAGCGUGGACACUGCUGUGGCUCUACAUCCGCGAGACAGAAAGCAGAGAUGCUUUUUACUUUGCUGGGAUGUUUCGCAUCACCAACAUUGAGUUUCUUCCUGAAUACCGACAGAAGGAGUCCAGGGAAUUUCUGUCAGUGGCACGCACUGUGCAGCAAGUGAUAAACCUGGUUUAUACAGCAUCUGCCCUCUCCAGAUCUUACCGGCAGUCUGUGGUUGCGGACGUCAGCAGUAACAACAAAGGUGGCCUCCUUGUCCACUUUUGGCUUGUAUUUGUCAUGCCUCACGCCAAGGGCCACAUCUUCUGCGAGGACUGUGUGGCUGCCAUCCUGAAGGACUCCAUCCAGACAAGCAUCAUAAACCGGACCUCUGUGGGGAACCUGCAGGGUCUGGCUGUGGACGUGGACUCUGUGGUUCUAAACGCUGGUCUUCGGUCAGACUACGCUUCAACCACAGGAUCUGACAAAGGCUGCUCCCAAGACUUCUACGCAGAUCACCUGUCUCUCCGCUAUCCUCUGGAGAUUUCAACAACCUCAGGGAGGCUGAUGUGCCACUUCAAGCUGGUGGCCUUAGUGGGCCAUCUGAUCCGACUCUCGGUAGAGUCUGUCCAGAUUGAAGCUGACAACUGUGUCACCGACUCCCUGACCAUUUACGACUCUCUCUUGCCAAUCCGGAGCACCAUCUUGUACAGAAUUUGUGAACCUGCGAGAACACUAAAGUCAUUUGUUUCUACAAAUAAUCUCAUGUUGGUGACAUUUAAGUCUCCUCAGGUAUGGAGGCUAUCAGGAAUUCGGGCAUAUUUUGAGGUCAUUCCAGAACAAAAAUGUGAAAACACAGUGUUGGUCAAAGAAAUCACUGGUUUUGAAGGGAAAAUUUCAAGUCCAUAUUAUCCAAGCUACUAUCCUCCGAAAUGCAAGUGUACCUGGAAAUUUCAGUCUCCCCUCUCAACUCUUGGCAUAGCAUUGAAAUUCCAUAACUAUUCAAUAACCAAGAAGAGUAUGAGAGGCUGUGACCAUGGAUGGUGGGAAAUUAAUGAGCACAUGUACUGCGGCUCCCACACGGAUCACCAGACGAUUCUCCGAGAGCCCAGCUCUCUGGCUCACAUUCAGCGGCAGUGCAGUUCAAGGCUUUCGGACAGGCCGCUUUCGGUGGAAUAUGGCAGUUACAACAUCAGCCAACCCUGUCCUGUUGGAUCUUCUAGAUGCUCCUCUGGUUUGUGCGUCCCUCAAGCCCAGUGAUGUGAUGGAGUAAAUGACUGCUUUGAUGAAAGCGAUGAACUCUUCUGUGUGACUCUCAAGCCUUCCUGCAAUGCCAGCUCCUUCAGGCAGCACAGCGCCCUGACCUGUGACGGCUUCCAGGACUGUGAGGACGGCCGGGACGAGCAGAACUGCACUCACAGUAUUCCAUGCAACAACAGAACUUUUAAGUGUGGCAAUGAUGUUUGCAUUAGGAAACAAAACGCAAAAUGUGAUGGCAACGUGGAUUGUCCGGAUGGAAGUGAUGAAGAAGGCUGCAGCUGCAGCAGCAGUUCCCCCACCCCCCACCGCAUCAUCGGGGGCACCGAUACCCAGGAGGGGGGUUGGCCGUGGCAAGUCAGCCUCCACUUCGCUGGAUCUGCCUACUGUGGUGCCUCAGUCCUCUCCAGGGAGUGGCUCCUCUCUGCCGCCCACUGUUUCCAUGGAAGCAGGCUGUCUGACCCCACGCCGUGGACCGCGCACCUUGGCAUGUACGUGCAGGGGAACGCCAAGUUCGUCUCCCCGGUGAGGAGAAUCGUGGUCCAUGAAUGCUAUAACAGCCAGACCUUCGACUACGACGUUGCCUUGCUGCAGCUCAGUGUCGCCUGGCCCGAGGCCCUGAAGCAGCUCAUUCAGCCGAUAUGCAUCCCUCCUGCCGGCCAGAAAGUGCGCAGUGGAGAGAAGUGCUGGGUGACCGGCUGGGGGCGCAGGCACGAAGCAGACAAUAAAGGCUCCCCCGUUUUGCAGCAAGCAGAGGUAGAGCUCAUUGACCAAACCCUCUGUGUUUCCACCUAUGGCAUCAUCACUUCGAGGAUGCUCUGUGCAGGUGUCAUGUCAGGCAAGAAAGAUGCUUGCAGAGGAGAUUCAGGUGGACCUUUAUCCUGUCGAAGAAAGAGUGAUGGAAAAUGGAUUUUGACUGGCAUUGUUAGCUGGGGUCAUGGAUGUGGAAGACCAAACUUUCCUGGUGUUUACACAAGGGUGUCAAACUUUGUUCCCUGGAUUCAUAAAUACGUCCCUUCUCUUUUGUAAUUGUGCAAGUUUGAUUUUUGACUGUGUUUUAUGUGAUAGAUUCUUUUAAAAGGAAUGCAGUAAUUUUCAAUAAAAUGAGAUAAUUUUUUUCUUCUGGAAA